UGGAUAAUGUUUGAAUAUUAUUAAAUUUAUAAAAUUAUGUAUAUUUCAUAGUUCGGCCACCACUCUGCUUUAAUUACUCACAUAAUUUUUAUCCACACUAUUGUUGUAUCGUAUCCGAUAACAUAUAGAACACCUGCUGACUUUAGUAUGUUGGCCACAUUGUCCUCCAGAAAACAAAUAUUUACCUGAGAUAGUAGUCUGUUUUUUUAUAUAAUUCUUCAUAUUAAAUAAACACAGAAAUAAAUUAAUUGAAAUGGCCCCAGUUCAGACAAAUCCGCACGUUUUUUUCGAUGUGUAUUUCGGCAAACAGAAAGCUGGUAGAAUCAUAAUUGAGUUGUAUCAAAACGUCGUGCCAAAAACGGUGAAGAAUUUUCUUGCGCUGUGUGUGGGUGAUGUGAAACAAGGUGACAAGAAGUUACACUACAAAGGCACCAAAUUUCAUCGAGUUGUUCCUCAGUUUUUGGUGCAGGGUGGAAACGUAGGAGGAAGUUCACUGGGGGGUGACAGCAUUUACGGGCCAACGUUCGAGGAUGAAAAUUUCAAUCUUUUGCAUGACUGCGAAGGGGCAGUGGGUAUGGCGAACAACGGACCCAAUACGAACGGUUCCCAAUUCUACAUUACAACAGUACCUUGUCCGCAUUUAGACGGCGUCAACGUGGUGUUCGGCAAAGUAGUCAAAGGCCUGAACAUCGUGGUGGAAAUGGGCGACUUGCCCAGACACCAAGACGAACCUAUAGAGGAUAUAGUAAUAGUGGAUUGUGGUGAAAUAAAAUCGGGUGAGCCGUUUUCCAUUGAGGAAUCGGACGGGACAGAAGACGUGUUCCCACCCUGGCCCAACGACUGGGAAGUGUCAUCGUCUAAUGUAAAUGUCGUGAAGGAUGCGGUCGAAAAAAUUAAAUCGUCAGGUGCUCACUAUUUCUAUAAAGGCAACUAUUUGGAUGCCGAACGGAAAUACAAAAAAGCUUUGAGGUACAUUGACUGGUAUUUGCAUGAAAAUGUCGCGGAUGCUGGAAACGAAGAGAUUAAUAAGAUGCGACUGACGAUUAUAUUAAAUUUGGCGACGACGAAACAUAAACUUGAUAAGCAUAAGGAGGUGGUUCAUCUUUGUACACAGGUGAUACAAAAGGAUCCGGACAAUGGGAAAGCGUACUACAGACGUGCCCAGGCUCGUUUAUGCAUCAAGGAUUAUGACAAAGCAUUAAACGAUAUUAACACGGCGAUAACGUUGCACCCAAAUGACAAAAAAAUCCAAGACUUUUUGGAUCUGACGAAAAAGACUAAAUUGAACUAUCUAAAGCAGGAGAAGAAAGUAUUUUCUAAAUUGUUUAAGUAAUGUGAUAAAUUUUAUUUGUAUGUAUCGUUCAAAAUAAGCAGGUUUAUUAUUAACGAAUUAUGAGACUUUUAUAUGUAUUUUUUAAAUCGUACAAUGUUGUUAACUAAAUGUAAGUUUGGUUUUAUUAUAUAAGUUUUAUCUUGA